CGAAGCAUACGGAGAACAAGAUCAAAAUGAACGUCAGUCUGUAGAAACAAUGUCCUUUGAAAGAAUUGUUUCUCCAUUAUUACCUCCUCAUCAAAGAUGUGCUAGCCACACUCUGCAUUUAGUUGCAACAACUGAUAUCUUGAAUGGUAUUAAUUCACUGGAAAAUGUUAAAUUAUUGUACAACGAUAUAAUCAAGAAAUGCACGAGUUUGUGGAACUUGACGAGAUCUCCAAAACAAUAUGAAAUCAUGGUCGAAAUUUUGGAAGAAGCACUAAAACGACCCGUUGCUACGCGGUGGAAUUCAUUGUUUGACUGUUUGAAACAACUCAUAAAGUUGAAAGACAAACUCUUGAUCUUGUGUGUUCAAUUAGAAAUUGCAGAUCCUUUAACAACGAGCGACUUUAUAUUUAUAGAGGAAUACGUCAAAUGCACUGAGCCAAUCGCAGAAGCACUUGAUACUCUUCAGGGUGAAGUUAAUGUCAGCUAUGGUUACUUGUUACCAACCAUUAUUUCCACUAAGAAUAAAUUGCAGAAAGUAAUCAACGCAAAUUUAAUUUAUUGCACAGCACUAGUUAAUUUAUUAAUAACGAGUUUGGAAAGAAGGUAAAUGCAAUUUAUCUCUACAAUAAAUUUCAUUCUUGUAAGGGCGUCGGUGUGGUCUAGUGGUAGAGCGCCAGACUCGU